AUGCUCUACCCACUCUUGCGGAAUGGUGAGGAAUCUGGCCUGCGCCAUCCCCAACACUUCGCAUUCGCUAUAACAUCGGGCUUGAAUCGCAAGGUUAUCUACCGAGAAGAAGAGCACGAGAACAUCGACGAGAUCUUUCCCAAGGACUAUGGAACUACCCAGAUCAAUUUAAUUGAUUCUCUGGCCAUCUUCCUCAGCUCGAUGAGAUGUGUAUUCUUCCCAACAGGCAGCACUUCUAUCGAGGAAAAUGAGCGCUACGAGACGGUCCUAUCAGUUUGGAGGAUAUACAGUACCCCUUCCACAAACCCCGUGGAAUGGGUCGGCCGUGGCGACGUCAUUUUUAAGGUACUACGACACUGGUAA